AUGCUAAACACCGACUUAGCAAAACCUGAAGUAGACCUAGCAGUUUUUGAAUAUACGGACAUCCCAAUGCUAGUGUCCUUAUUAACAUAUACGUAUAAAUUGAAUCCUUGGUCUAACGAUUCCAGAUAUUUAUAUUCACAUGAAAAUAUGCAAAAAGAAAUAGAAGAAUUGAACGUGUUGAUGAAAUCUAGGGUACCAUGGUAUUCGGUGUUUUUCAUUUCAUCCUUCUCCUACUUAGUUAUGGUACUUUGUACUAUCGGAUUGUUCAUAUUUUACAACACCCAGAACGAUAUACCUGUCUCAUUCAUAUUUGCCUGUACAUUCAUAAUUGCAUUUGUCCAUUAUAUUAUGUGUAAGAUAUACAGCUACAUAAUAACUAAGAGCGUUAUCGGAACUGUUGAAAUACAUAUCAAAGAGUUAAAUAAAAAAUAUAAAGAAGAACAAAUAUAUUUUAAGCUAAUUAAUUUCAGUGGUUUAGGAUUUAAGUAUUUAAAAUUCCUUUCAAGAAAUAAGGGAGUAGUCUACUUUUCUUUGAGAGUUGUCUAUAAGUAUUACACAAUAAUUUAA